AUGCGCCACGUGCACUCGUCUGGUCACCAUGGCGGCUCCACUUCUUCGGCGGCGCCGUCCUCGGCCUGUGGUGCUUCUGCCCACGGUCGACGAGGCUUUUCUCCCAUGAGGCGAAGUGGCGCGGUGAGUGCCUCGGCCACCCACGCGAGAACGGCAGAAGAGGAGGUGAGCACGACUUGGAGCCGGUCGGCGGGGCGUCGGGGUGACGACCGCCGUAAACGGGACUGUCAGAGUGGAAUCGACACGUCCGCGACAGGCCAGCCAAGCAGGCCUGCAUCGUGCGACCCGGGCACAUCGCCGGCGCGAGCGCCACCGCCCCCCACUACUUACACGAACACCGGCGCGCCGAGCUGUGCUGCGCUGCGCCGCCUUGUCAAGUCGCACCACACGUUCCGAAAAAACAGCGAGGUGCUACGGAAAAGUGACACGAUCGCGGCUGCGUUUGAGCUUUGGUGCGCCGAGGCCGUGGCGCACAGCCGUCUGGUGGAGCAUCUGGCCCCAGCGUUGGGCGGUGAUAGCCAAGCGGUGGCAACGGUCCGCCUCCUCCUCACAGGUGCCUCCAACAAGGCCGCGACUGCCGGCUCAGGGGCGGCGGCGGCCACCUCCGCGACCAUGUCAGCAGCAGAGACGCUGGCAGUGCUGGAGGUGCCGCUUUCGGUGGUGGAUUGGCUCAACGAGCCCAUCGUCGUGCCGGACCUGGGCGCGGGGACAAUCAUGGAAUUUGUGCACAAGGUGCUGUCCCCUUCGCACGUGGACAAGGCGCCAGCCAACAACUGUGAUGGCGCCGGUGCUGGAGAGUUACUUUCCGCGUCGGCUGGCGACUCGCCGGCUGCACCUUAUCGGUAUGGACGUCUUGAGGCGGUAGAGGUGUGGUACGACGCGUGGGGGCGCCAGCAGCACUAUCGCGAAGCGGCGGCAGGCCUGUCCAGCAGCAGUACUGAGCCGGCGGCGCCAUCUUUGAAGGCCUCCAUGGCGCUGUGGCACCGUAGGCAUCGUGCAGUGCAAGAUGUGCUGCUCUCUCACUUGACUGAAGGAAGUCGACCUUCCGCACUUGAUGCGCUGCCUGUCUGCCCAGCUGCUUGUGACAGCGUCGACACUCGCGACGCAACUCCCGUCGAGUGUGGCCCUGUAGCAGCUGCCAGCGCCAGCGGCGCACCGGUGCAGCCUGACGGGGACGCAGCAGCGCGACCAGACCAACUCGUUGAGGGGGCGACGCGGGAGCUGCUGCUCUAUCUUAUCGAGUUUCUCCAGACGCUGAGCGCGUUCAAGGCUGCACGCGAGGAGGCGAAGAUGCACGCGGAGUACCAUGCACUGCUGGAAAACGCGGUGGCGGUGCAGUCAGGGCCAGCUCAAGCAGCUGCCGACGCCGCCGCUCAGGGCACGUACACGCACCUGUGUCUUGUUGCGCGCCGCUUUCGCGCGUCGCCGCGGGUGGAGCUGCACCCGCCACUCGCAGCGUCUGAUAGCCCAGAUAAGCCCCUUAGCGGCGACUGCGGUGUGGAUGCGGCGCUGCGCACCGCGGCCCAGCAGUACCUUCGGUCAAUUUCCAAGGUGGACAAAGUGGCGCCUCAUUCCAACCCGUCGUCGUCAAAACUUGAGGGCUCGACGGGUGACGCGGGCACACAGGAGACUACCGGAGCACCAUCGUCGUCGUUGGCGUUGGCUGAGCGAGUGGGUGCGGCGCCAUCCUACAGCGUUGCCGUGCUGGACAUCUGCAUCGGUGUUGUGCUGCGUUGCCUUCUCUUUUACCUUCCAGCGCUCUCUGCAAGCGACCGGGUCCAUGUGCUGCAGCAGCUCAGCGCCCCUUGGCUGACGCUCGAACCGGAGGAGAGCGCUCGAGUCGCGUACUGGUCAGCGUUUUUCGGUGUUGCCGAUGUUCUCUCCAACGCCUGCGCACCAAAGCGACGGGAGCGUAUCGGUGCGUUGCCAUCCGCCAUGGGCGGACUCAGCAACGCUGACUGUUCGACCUCCUCUGCUUCGUUCACCGUUGACCACUCCACCCUUUCCACACUGCAAGGCGUGGUACAGCAGCUGCGCUCCUUGUGUUGGCCCACGGCGCUGGAUCGUCACUCGAGUAUCGUGCAGCACGCCCUCUGCCUCCUGCCAACGGCAUCUGAAGCAUCUCCGUCACCUUCUUCGGCGGCGGCAUCGGUGUCCGAUCAGCGGCGGCAGCAGCGGCGUCCGCCCACCGAGACUCUGCCUGCUGGCAGUGCACGAGGCACGGCCUCAUCAUCAACAGUCGCCGCAGCUCCGCCGCACUCCGCGCAGCCUCGUCCCCCUGCGUGGAGCGACGUCGUCGCGGUUGUGCGAGGCAGCGAGAGCCGACAGCGACUGGGCUACGAACUCCUCUUUCUCUUCUUGGGAGUUUUGCAGUGUGGGAAGGCGAGCGCCUUCCUGGCCCCUGUCAACGCAACUGCUGCUGCUGCUGCUGCGGACGCUUCGGCUGGGAAGCCUGCUUUGCCGCACCACCGGCCCUCUGAUAGGCGCCGACUCAACACCGUCUGCAUCUACGCGCUUGACGUCGACAGGUUCAUUGCGGAGCGGAUGAGUGCCUUGCGGCCGGCAGGCGAUGCGUGGCCGCUGCUGCGCACUCAGGCCUCCUGCUCGGCUGCAAGGGCGGCAUCACCGCCCGGCUCGCGCCCUGCACCUACGGAGGUACUCGCAGAGCAGACGGCGCACCCGUACGGUCUUUCUCGCGUGGCGCUGUGCACUUUCAGCGACUCCCUCUUGGAGAGCUGGCCGACCUUGUCGCCCCAACGCACGCAGAUCCUCAUGGUAGCCCUGCAGCGGGCUGUGGCAGCUCCUGCUGCACUGGCGUUGCGCUCGCUGCUCCCCACUCUACAUUCGAGCGCCCGCGCCGGCUGCGAGUUCAGCGGUACCCGCUCCUCUGCCACGCCGUCACAUGCGGUGCAGCUGGCUGCGCGCCGUGCCGAGUGGCGAGCGGUGGCGCCGGUGAUGUCCCUGUACACCACACACGCGUGCCCGUCGUUGUGGAGCACGAUGUGGGCUUACAUCUCGUCGCAAAUGAAGUCUCUGCUGCGGCAGGUGGAGGAGGUAAUGAGGACGGCACACGCAAGCGCAGGCGAUGCGCGAGGCAGCGAUGUCGCGGCGCAUGGAGAGUGGCGCUGGUCAAAUGACGAGGUAGAGGCGUGCUACAAGCAACUGGAGGAGCUAGCGACCAUGUGCGCGUGGCUGGUUGCCAUGGUGCCGUCCGUCUGUGGCAAGUGGCCAGCUGGCGCUGGCGCUGCUACGUCGGAACCUGCACAGGCAUCCGCACCAGAGCACACCGAGCGUGUGAGGGCCGGAUUUGAGCGCUGUGUCAAAGGCCUUCUCGCUGUGUGGACGCAGACAGGCGCGAGCGCUGAUGCGGCGGAACAGCUGCUGAAUUUGUUUCCCAGGCACCCCAGGGCCACACCGACGCCCGUGGACUGCACCCCCGUGAGGGCGGCCGACAACGGCGCCGUCGACGACACUGCGCAGGGUGCAAAGGCGCCGCCGUUGGCGCCGGAGGAGACAGCAGCAGGUGAGGCGGUGACACUACUCGCGGAACUGGCAGGGGCGGCGCAGACGCAUGUGUGGACCCGCACGCUGUACGGCGCUGUCGAAUUAUGGAUCAAGAAGACCCGCUACAUCCAAGCUCAGUCGCGAGGAAUCAUGGAAACGGUUCAGCUGAUGCCACCAGCGGAGGCAUCUACCUCUGCGCUAGCCGCGAUGACGGCAGCAGCGCCCGGCCGCGCUGCAGAUGAUCGUUCCCGCGCAGGCGAGACGGUGACCAACGGUGGAAGCGCUGCAUCUGUGCCGACGGCGCCGCCCGGCGUGGAUUUGGCGCUGCUUGCCUGGUGGCGCUCCAUGGCGGAGGAGGAUAUCGGUCUACCAUCGGCGCGCGUCUAUCUCGCGCAGGUGUACACGGAGCUUCUGCGGAUUGUUUCUGCUCGCGCUGCUCUCGCAUCGUCGACCCCUCUACCAGAAAGGGCACACAUGGGGCGCCCGCUCGAUUCUGAGCGAGAUUCAGUGUUGGGGGGCGCAAGCAAUCGUACCGGCGCAGUGGAGAGCGGCGGCGAGCCAACGUCGAGUUUGAGGGGCGACACGCCAGUCAGCGGCGCAGCGGCAAAGGCCAUUUUUUCCGCAGCGGAGGUGGUCGUCAUUGUGAGGGUGCUAAGUAGCAUUGCGGCACGCGGCGUCGCGACGGUGACCUUGGGGCGCCUCACGGAGCGCGCGUCUGGGCGGGGUGCGCUCGGCAAGACGUCGUCUGCUGGCUCCGCAGAGAACGCUGUGGGCGUAGAGUCCGCCUCUGGCAACGGUGACUCCAUCAUCGACUCGCUACGCCGCGCCGCCGUGUACGCCACCGUGGCGGGCAGUGGGGUACCGACGACCACAACGCCGGAUUCGACGGCGUCAACGGAUGCCGGCGCUCGCGGCCUCUCAACCGCAGCCGACGGCGAUGAAAGCGGCAACCCUACCAGCGUAGGUGUUGCGGAGGAGGCCACAGCGCACGACCGAGGCAAUGCUGCUGCCCUCUCUGCCCAGAAGGCGGUCCAGCGUAUUGAGGAGGCGCUGCUGAGCAGCUUGACAGCACACAGCGCAGCGUUGCCGGCGACAACGAUGGUGGAGGCGACGUGGCUUCGACUGCUUCCCCUGUCGACGCUGCAGAAACUCCUUGAUCAUCGAGAGUCCUCUGCGAUCACCUCAGCUGGACCAGACGCCCCGCCGCAAGGUCUGCCAUCCGGCGCACCGCCGUGCAAGGCCGCAAAUAGCGGGCCAUUGAGCACGCAGCCAACAGUGCGCGCCGACCUCGCCACCACAGCAGCAACGUCGUCGCCUCCGCGUUUUGUCUCUGCCGCCGUCGGUGCAUCCAGCUCUGCUCCACACCUCGACGGGUCACUGCGGGAGUCGCCGUCGCCGUGGGUGCGCAAGUUGCAUGACGCGGUCCUCACGAGCUGCCACUCGCGCCACAUUGGCAUCUGCCUUGUCUCUUCGCUGUACUCUGUCCUGGCAGCGUCGCAGAAAUGCGACGACUCUACACAGCCUCUCUCAGCGGCGACUAGUUGUGACGGCAGUCGUGGCGCGGUCAGCGCCGCCACUCUGUCUUGCGGCGGUACUUCAGAGGCCGCUUCGUCUUGCGUUGAGGACUGCGAUGCGGCCAGGGACGGGCCGUCGCUCGCCACGUCGCGGCUCCGCUGCUUUUUGGCACGACUGCGCACGAGCUGCGCUGAGGCCGUCGUGCUUUUCCAUCGUUCGAGAAGGCAGCACGCUGAUCUCACCGCCGCAUCCGGCGAGGGUGACGCCAGUAGCGGUGGUGGCGCAGGCGCGAACGAUGCAAACGCAUUCCGCGUAGGCUUGACGGCAUCACCAUGGGCCGCUGUUGCAGAGGUCAACGGUGAUAGUAAGGGUGAGGCCGAGGCGGGUAUAUCGCACACGGCCACGCCGCACCAGCAGCAUGGGCAACGCUUCUGCAACGUGCUGGUGGUGACGAGCGAGCUUCACGAGCGCCUUACAACCUACGCAGAAAUGCUUACUCGCGCGGCAGUGAGGUGUAGUGGGGCAGAGCAGGGUGCUGACCAGAAUACGUUGCGCACUUCCCGCAAAGUCAAGCCUGAGAGAAUGCGACACCUGCUCCGACUCUUGUACGCAUCGCUGCUCGAUGCGGUUUCCGAUUUUGUGCCGUAUGGCGAGCACGGGAAUGCUGUGGAGGUGAUGCAGAUGCUAGGCGUCAUCACUCGCCGCAUGCCGUGGCAGCAGUGCGCGCAAGCGUCGCUGGCGCAGGUGCUGCCUGUCAAGAAGGACGGGCAGUUUGGCUACCAUACCAGCGGCGAAACAGGCUGUGAAGCAGAGCCGCUGACGAAGCGCGGGGGCGGCGUGGCGGAGGCCGGCGCUGCUGCUCGACUGAGCGCGCCCCGCGAUGGCGACGAAAAAGGCGUCUCGAUCGAUCCCCUCCUUGUGUGCUUUCGGGAGCAGGUGACACGGCUGAUGCCGUACGUGGAUGCUGAAGUGCUUCGCUGCACGAAAGCUCGGUUGCCCCUGCUGCUGAACCUGGCGCUGAUCGGCGGCGCCAAAUCGUCUGUCGAGUACGUCUUGCGCAGCGUUCCAGUCAGCACCAGAGGGUCAAUGCAGUGUCGAGAGGGGCCCUGCGCCGCCGCCGCCGCAGAGGCGACGCGUUCCAGAAGCAUCGUUGCUCUGUCACCCGUGUCCCGUUCGGCAGCGAAGGUGAGCGCGUCUGAGAGUGCCAGCCGUGUCACCACUACCGAAGCAGAGCCAGGCCGUCUGGGACUCUCUACGCUGCCUCUCUGGUCUCAGGCCCCACUCGAGUCUUUGCUACACCGUGUAGCCAUGGACCGGUUGAUGGCAUCGCGACACGCGCUGUACUUGUGCACUCUGACCGUCAAUGCACCGGAGUUUUCAGCUGUGCUUCUGCCUCUCACGCACUACCUGCGCGACGCGCGCGCGAGGAUUUCGUGGGCGAUGCUGGAGGUGGUGUUUAAGGCCAUUGCCGUGUCUGCCGUGAGCUUCCAGCGGCACCAUCAAGCAGAAAUGCUGCUGCGUAGUGAUUUUCUUGUGCCCUUGUCGUCGUCCUUGUCACCCGGGUCAGAUCAGACGUCAGGCAGCACCACUGCGUCUCCCGCAGAUCGUGCAAGCGCCGCCGCCGCGGCGGAGCGACCCCGACGAGGUGGGGGCGGCGGCGAUGCGUCGCAGCGCGGCGGAAUCGCGCUGCCGCGGUCGUCGACCGAUUGCGCGGCGCUGCGCGUGGGGGAGAUGAGAUACCCACACCGUAACGGCAGUGAGGCUUUGGCGCCUCUCUUCCGCACAGCUGCCGUACCGUCUGCCGUGUGUAAUGCGCCGUCGCAGCUGCGGCACGCUUGGGGCGACCUCGCUCGCCGCCUCCUUCACGAAGAAGAUGACGUAGCCGUGUCCGACGUCUCACUCUGGGUAUCGGCGCUGUACUGCGGCGCUAUGGUGAACUGCGCAGGAACUCAGUUGUUCGAACAGCUGCUGGCAUGUCUCGUCUUCGGCAUCACGACCCCCGCAACCUCGGCGGCAACCACCACAACGCGGAUCGCCACGCUGGACGUUGUGGGCUGGACGCUGGUGCUGGAGGCGUGCGGCACGGCGUCGGACCACCACUACCGACAGGCAUAUCAGAGUCUUCUGAGGGACGAGCUCGUCGCUUUCCUGGAGCGCGCCGAGGCCUCUGUGCACAGUGAUGAAGGUGGCGUCUCAGCAUCGUCUGCUUCAUCUGCCUCGUAUCCGUCACGGUUGACUACUGCGGCAGCGGAGUCGGGGCGGGCGGAACUCGACGACGCGCUUCCCCUCGCAGGGGCCUGUCGCUGCCGCUUGUUGGAAGGCAUUCCACAGCUGUUUGUCGAGGACGCCGCGUUUUGGCGUCGCGUGAAGAACUGCGUGGAGUCGUGGUGCGCCGCGAUUGCUCGCGACCAUGCUGAGGUUGCCAGUGAGUCCCCAUCUGCGCCAAGGAGGUCCACGUCGGCGGUGCGGCGGUCGUGGGUGACACAGCUACAGCAGAGCUUCAACUGGGCAGCGCAGUGUGCCGGCCACUCGCCUCUUGUGUUCAGCGAUAAUACAUGUACGACGGAGGCGGCAAACGCAGAUGCGCACGCAGUGACGGAGUGGAUGCGGAUGCAGCUGGAAGCUCUGGGGGCGAGCGCAGCCUCAGUGACAACCACACCGGAGGCGCCGACGAACGUCUCCCCAUAG